CUCUCAAGUAUGUUUAACAUUUCAAGUUGAUGUUUAUCCACCAGAAAUUAUUCAUUUUACACCGACGGGUUUAGUAUCUACUAGUCAAUCAUUAUGGACAAUUGAAUUUGAUCGUGAUAUUGUCAGAUCAAGACGAUCAAACGGAGUUUAUAUUCGUUUUUUUAAACAUUCAAAUAAUCAAGAAGUUUAUCGUAUUGAUGUUGCUAAUGACAAUAAUGUAUUUUAUCAAACACGACAAAUUACAUUUAAUACAAAUUGUUUAUGGGAACAAAAUGAACAAUAUUAUAUUUUAUUAGAUAGUGGAAUAGCUACACUUAAUGAAUCAUGUGGUAUUGAAUCAGUUCCUAUUGAUAAUCAUUAUACUUGGACAUUUCAAGUAGCUGCAACUGAAAUUACAACUAUGGAAGCACUUAGUACUACAGAAAGAUUUGUUUCAACGACAACGAUUGAAACAAGUACUACAAAAAUAACAACUAUUCCAUCUCCACGACCUGAAUGUUUACGAUGGUUUUAUUUUGAUACAAUAUCCAAUGAAAGUACAAGUGCUACUGAACCAACAUUUAGUUUUUGUUUUAUUGUCAAUAAAACAUUAACUGAUGUAACAAUAUCAGCUAACACAUGGGUAUCUUGUCAAAUGUGGAAAUCAUCUGGUACUGCUGAUCCUUUAAUUGAACUUUAUUUUGAAUCGAAUAAUCAACUUUUGGCUCAAAAUGACGAUGGAUUUAAUGUUGAAACAAGAAAUUGUUAUGCAGCUGUAUUAAGUUAUCGUUUGAAAAAAGGUAUUUAUCGUGCAAUUAUACGAAAUUCUAAAUGUGCUUAUGGAAAAUUUGAAUUACGAUUGUCAGCUGAAGUUGAUGGAACUUUUAAAUAA